CUACCCUCUGCACACAUUCACCCAAUCUACCCCGAAGCCUAGCUUUGCAGUCAGGCGGGGCUUGAUCAAGCCUUGGUCCCAGGGCUCAGUGGUGACCUCCGCCUCCGCCUUGCUCUCCUCCACGUACCUGCAGCACCGGGCCCAGGGCCCGGUUCAAACCCUAACAGGCCAGCAGGCGGGCGUCCCCCAGGCACCAGGAUUGGCGGAAGCGGAGGGCGUGGGCGUGGCGGGGACGUUUCCAGGGAAACGCGACGCACUCCGCUAGCCAGGUCUCAGCCGCCUGCGCAGAUUUGGGAGCGGUCUGGGGAGCACUCUCCAAGCUCGGGUUGGAAGAGGACAGACAUGGAAAGAGAUCGUCCCUUUGUCGUCCUGGACUACGGCUCCAGAGGUCCGCUGGAGGAGCAGAACGCCCAGCCCCCAGCUACGGAGCACCCUAGGCGCCUGGACAGCGGCCUCCUCACUGCAAGGGACAGCUCGGUGUCCCCAGCGGAGGAGGAUGAGGAGUCUGAGGGGCCUCUGAGUGGGCGGGGCCUAAAGGAGGCCUCCAUCCAGCUGGUCCACGGUGUGCAGACCUGGCGGGACGGCUGUGUCUACCGAGGGGAGUUUGGGCUCAAUGUGAAGCUCGGCUACGGCGAAUUCUCUUGGCCCACAGGCGAGACCUACCGUGGGCAGUUUUACCGCGACCACUGCCACGGCCUGGGCACCUACGUGUGGCCGGAUGGCUCCAGCUUCACAGGCACGUUUUACCUCAGCCAUCGGGAAGGCUAUGGCAGCAUGAACCUGAAGACGCGGCUCUUCCAGGGCCUGUAUAAAGCAGACAUUCGAUUCGGGCCGGGCAUUGAGACCUACCCUGAUGGCAGCCAGGACGUGGGGCUGUGGUUCCGCACUCACCUCAUCAAGCUGGUCACGAAGACUGCCAGCAGCUUCUCCGUGCUCAGCUACCCCGAGUUCUCGGCCUUCCUGACGUGCUCUCGGGAGAGGAUCAGCCUCUCAGAUGAGGAGGGAGUGGAGUGGGGCCCGCUGGAGGGCCAAGACCCCUUCUUCUAUGAGUACAAGCGGUUUCUCCUGAGCGAUAGCCUGACACUGCCCCCGGAAAUGCAGGCCUACUCCACCGACCACUGCCACCUGCCCAUGACAAGCUCUUUCCGAAGAGAGCUGGAUGCCCGGAUCUUUCUGGAUGACAUCCCGCCAUUUGUCGAUGAUGGGGAGCCCUGGUUCACAGCAAACAAAACUCCUUUAUUGGUCAAAAUCCAGAAGCAGGCUUACAAGUUCAGGAACAAGAAAGCUCACACCAGCUGGAAUAUGGGUGCCAUCUUGGAGGGGGACCGCGGUGGCUUUGCGAGCAUUGGGCCCAAGGAGCAGUUUUCCCAGGAGUUGAUCUUGAAGGCCGAGGAAGGGGACCACGACCGGGUUUAUGGGAUUCUGAAGGACAAUCUGGCCUAUGCUGACGUGACCGAUGCGAAGGGCUACACUGUGCUUGCUGCAGCUGCUGUGCAUUGUCACAAUGACAUCGUCAACCUUCUCCUGGACCACGGGGCUAACGUGAACAAGUUCACCGAUGAGGGCCUCACACCACUCAAUAUGUGCUUCCUCCUCUACUACCCCAGCGAGUCCUUCAAGCCCAAUGUUGCCGAGAGGACUGUGCCCCAGGAAAACCCAAAGCCCCUCUUCACCCCCAAACCAUCGCCCUCGUGUGUGGAGACCCAUGUGGAGUCCACCUACGAAGUGGUCACAUCUUCCCCAGGCAGCGGGGAGCAGAAGCCGCCGUCAUGCACCUCGGGCAGCCAGGAGGAUGGCUCAGCCCCGGGCACUCAGCAGUCUUUGGAGUCGGAGUCCAGCUUCCCCUCGGGUCAGGGCACCGUCAGUGACAGGGAGAGAGGGCUGGAGGGCUUGCCAGGAGGCCUGGACGUGUCUCCCCCGUGCAGUGAAGCACACUUCGAGUCUGACCUGUGUGUGCGCAGCUACUCCAUCCAGCUCUCGAGGGACAUGUUGGAGAAGAGCGCCCAGGCCUACAGCAUGCUGCAGGUCCCUGGUGCCCCAGACAAGGGGACUGUGAGGAGCAUGGCAUGGUCCAUGGUCAAACGCAGGUGCCGGUGGCUGACCAUCAAGCUGCUUCUGCACCGAGGCGCAGACCCCAACCUGUGCUGUGUGCCCAUGCGGGCCCUGUUCUUCGCCGUGAAGGCCGGGGAUGUGGACGGGGUGAGGGUGCUGCUGGAGAGCGGAGCCAGGACUGACAUCCGGUAUCCACCCCAACUGGGGGCCCUGACCCCGCUCCACAUCGCAGCCGCCCUUCCAGGAGAAGAGGGCGUCAGGAUCACAGAGCUGCUACUCCACGCCAUCACUGAUGUGGACGCCAAGGCGGCUGACCAGGAUGACGUGUACAAGCUAGGCAAGCUGGACCUGCUGCCCUCGAGCCUGAAGCUCAACAAUGAGCCAGGCCCACCCAGCACCUACUAUACAGCAAGCACUUGCGUCGCAGAGGAGGGCGGCAGGACGGCCCUGCACGUGGCCUGUGAGCGGGAGGACAGUCACCAGUGUGCCAGGGAUGUCGUGCGUCUCCUCCUCUCCCACGGGGCGAGUCCCAACCUGCUGUGGAGCGGCCACUCCCCACUCUCCCUGUCCAUCGCCAGUGGGAACGACCUGGUCGUCGAGGAGCUGCUGUCCUGCGGAGCUGACCCCAACCUGCCCCUGACCAGAGGCUUGGGCAGUGCCCUGUGCGUCGUCUGUGACCUGGCCUAUGAGCAGCAGAGGAGCACGGACAAUAAGAUCACCCUGGUUGACCGGCUCCUGAACCAUGGGGCCGACAUCCUGAAGCCAGUGACACUCACGCAGGGUGACCGGGUGGCAGUGGGCACAGUCGUGGACUAUGGCUACUUCAAGUUCUUCCAGGACCGGAAGAUCGCCCACUGCCCCUUCCACGUGCUGCUGCCGGCAGAGCGGGAGACGUUCCUCGCCCGGAAGAGGCUCCUGGAGUACAUGGGCUCCCAGCUGCGGCUAGCUGUGCUUGCCAGGGAGCGGGAGUGGGACAGGAAGGCGAUGUCCCGGAGCAGGAAAGCGGAACUGUGCCCCGGCCACACGAUGAAGAAGAGAAGCUUAGGCCUGGCCAAGGCCCUGGCCGCAGAGGGACAGGAGCUCAUGCCCUUCUUCAAGUUCUGCUACCAGUGUGGCCGCUCCAUUGGCGUCCGCCUCACGCCCUGUGCCCGCUGCUAUGGGAUCCUGACCUGCAGCAAGCACUGCAAGUCCAAGGCCUGGGCCGAGUUCCACAAGAGGGACUGCAGGGAAAUGAUGGCCGUGGCCGGGGCCAUGGCGGGCCGGCAGAGGACAGGUACAGGCCCAAGGGGCCAGGCAGGGGGCAUGGGGGCGCCCACCCUCUCCCUUCUGGGUCUUCACACCGGUUCUCCAGCUGGGCUCUGCUGUCCCUGGGCCACAGGGCUGUUGGCCUGGGCUGACGUGGGAGGUGCCUCAGCUUGGCUCUCGGCCCCAGUGUGCCGGGUAGGGCUCUGUAGAAGCCCCUGCUCUCCUGGACCUCCCUCCUGUCCUCUACUGGGCAGCAGCCUCAGUGCGGAGGCUGCACUCCUCGCUCCUUGGCGGCCCUGUCUGUCGCUCCAGGGGUGCGGGUGUCCUGUGCAGUGGGCUUGGCCCCAGGAUAGGAGGGAGCAGAGGCGAGGUCUGGGAGUACAGGGGCUGCGCCGCCUUCGCUGCCCUUCUGGAUCUGAUCCACUGCCUGUGCACCUGCGAUUCCUCCUCUGGGAGCUGAGCUUCGAACCGCAGGCACCAGGCACCGGGCACUGGGCACAGCUGUGUUUCCUGGGGUCCCAGGGUGAGCUGCUGCAGACGCCUCUGCACCCUCAGCCCGGCCGUGGAGGGCUCUCAUCAUGACACUGGGGUGUGCGGGGCGUAGGGCGCAGGCUGACCCUCCUCCUCCCUGUGCCUCUCUUGUCCAGUGCCCGGCUCUGCAAAUACCUACAGGAGGGCAGGAGACUCCCGGUGAAGGAGCAGUGCCCGACAGCGGGGCCUGGGGAGGGCCCGGGGCUGUGCUUGUGCCUUGCCGCCCAGGGGUCACCUCUGGGCUCUGCAGUGGCCAUUCAGGAAGUUUCGUACCCUGUGGCUGUGCGUGCAGUGCCUCCAUCUACUGUGUGAUAAAGCGGCCAUGGUGUGAGCCUGGAGGUCUGUGGCCUGCUCUGUCCACCCGGGUCGAGACCCAGCACUGGCCACGUUCACCUCGCCGGCCUCCCGCUGGCCAGGCCUGGGCCGUGUGUUGUCCCUCAGGUGAAGGAGGUGCAGGGUCAGGGCUCCAUGCCCGUGGGGGUCCAGGGUGCGCCCAGAGCCACUCGGUCAGCCCCUCCCUUGCUGUCCUGUUCCUUCUUCGCUCACGGCUCCUUGGGGGUCCAGAGUGUCCAUGUUUCCGUGUACCGUGUGUGUCCAGGCCACCGUGUGUGCAGAAAGCGCUGUGCGAGAAGGCAAAGGGCCGGAGCAGUGCCGUGUAGACGGGAGUGACAGGAGGGGCACUGGGGGCUGCGUUGGGGCUGCCUGCCUUGCAGGAAGGUGGGUGUCCCAGGCAGUGUGGGUGGGGCUCCGCUGCGGGGGCAGAGUAGCUGGGGUAGUGGCCCGAGAGGAGGGGCCGGGCUGGAACCAGGCAGGCAAGGUCCCCCAGGCUGCCUUCUGCUGACCGACAGUGGGAGUGACUGUUUUACCUGAUUUGCAAGCGUCCCGGUGGUGGGGGGUGUGCUUGGGCAGGCUGAGCAGGGCCCCAGAGGUAGGCGAGGAAGUGCCUGGUGGAGGAAGAGGCCGCCCGCUCAUGGGUGGCUUUCCGGGAAUGGGGGCUCCUCUGGAGCUGGGGACUAGACUUCUGAACCCUGGCACUGAUCGCGGCCCCACGGUGAGCCAGCUUCCCCUCCAGGGCCACUGGCAGCGAGGUCUCAGGGUGGAGACACAGCUGUCCGAGCCACCUCUGCUCCAUAUGGUCGGCUAAAGCCAAGCGAGCAGAUGCACACGUCCGCUGCCCAUCUCCACCAGCCUCUGCUGCAGUUCCGAUCCUGCCUCAGCUCUCCGGGCACACAGGGCACAGAGACCAGGGACAGAGACGCCGGCCCCAGGGUGGCAGUCAGACAAACACGCGCGAGUCCAGACACAGACAUGGCUGCCCGCUCCACGUAAGGCAGCGUGCACCUCCCAGCGCACUGCUUUGCUGCAACAUCAUUGCCCCCAAAUGAAGGUUGCGUUAUUAUUCUUUAUUCUGAUUGUGUGUGGAAUACACGCUUACUGUGAAAAAAAGAUUUGUGGGCAAGAAUAAUACUGAAAAUGA